GCCAUGGAAUGCGCUGAGUAAGGACUGACAUCCAAAGAUGGCGCAUGGACUGAGUUCCAAUGGUGCGACUAAGCUAGAAAUAUGCCGCUUGAUGAGGGCUUGCUAGGAAGCUGUGAGUAAACCAGUACCAAUCAAGUAAUCAGAUUAAGUAUAUUGUGAUCACUGGUCAGAGGAAUUUCCAGCUGAAAUAGUUUGUUUGCGAGCUCCUUCAGAACUUUUACUGUGUGGCUAGUGUUGGCAAGUGGUAUUGCCGUGUCGGGGUGGGAGCUAGGAGGUUCUCCGGGACCAAUAACACCCCGGAAUUUAUUCUGAUCGUUCUACAUGUGCGCGAAGAACGCUGCAGAUGCCACAAUUCGGCAUGGGAGUGCUGAAGUCCGUCAAUUAAGACCUAGAUUAGUAUAUGCCUGAGCGUAAAUGCAAAGAGACUUUGCAAUGAGACCAGCGCUGCGGAGUCGUAGGGGGCACUGGCAAACCGGACAUGAUGUAGUUGACAGGUUGGCAACCCCACCUCUUGAGGGAAUCAUCGCACUUCUUCCUGUUCCAACUAUCGUUGAAAGUGGAGGCAACGGCAAUGCAAGGAAACGCGUCAUUUAUGAAACAUACUUUGUCCUCUUUAUUGCCGAUUGGUUCCCUUUAUGGAUUCUGCGCCGUUACAGGAUAUAUCUGAUACCCUCUGUGUCCUUUGGAGGAUAUUUCAUUAUUGAGUUGAUUGGGUCCAAUGUUGCAUGGACCUCAUCCUCCGCAGUCCAAAAACUUCAUAGCAUGUCGUGCAUGCUGAGUGUCGUGCAAUCCUUGGCUACGAGGUGAAUUCACGAGGAACACAUGCUCGUCGAGGUGCUCGUUGGUUAUCUUCGUUGAGGUCAGCGGUUGCAUGAAUGUGACGAAGCAAGCAUUGCGACUCAGGUCGCAAGUUGCGACUACGCUGAGUCUAUUAGAAGACAUCGUAGACCCAUAGUUCGAUCGCAACGACCAAUCCAUGCACAGGUUGUAACGCGCAUCAGAAAGUAAAAAAUCACAGAUGCCUCCAACGUGGUGGGCGCAUGUCGAUCUUCCUAUCACAUGUCGAAAUGCAGAAUAGCGAAGCCUUGAUAAUUUGAUUCUCAAGAGAACCUGCUUCGACCUUGGUGGUG